UGAAUUAGCCCAGCUAGGUCCCCAAAAAUGAAGCCGUCCUCGUCCUUCAUCUUCUUAGCUUCGGCCUCCAUUGCUCUCAUCUUCGCCAUCGUUGCUUCUUCUCCUGUUCGUCUUUGUCUUCGCUUAUUCAAUUGGAAGACCACAGCGGAUUUGGUGGUGAGAAAUGCGAUAGUAUACACGAGCAACGAUUCUCUUCCUUUCGUCGAUUCCAUCGCUGUCCACCAUGGAAGAAUUCUCCGACUUGGAAACUACUCCUCUCUCAAGGAACUGGUGGGUUAUGGGACAAAAGAGUUAGAUUUGAAAGGAAAGAUUGUGGUGCCUGGAUUUAUCGAUUCCCAUCUGCACUUCAUUUGGGGUGGACGCCAGUUGACAGAGGUGGACCUGCGGGGCAUAAAUAAAAAGGAUGAUUUCGUGAGAAGGGUCAAAGAAGCUGCGAGAAAUGCAAAACCAGGUUCCUGGAUUUUUGGUGGUGGUUGGAACAAUGAUCUCUGGGGAGGAGAUUUGCCAACGGCCUCUUGGAUUGAUCAUAUUACACUUGAUAAUCCUGUUUGGUUAUCAAGAAUGGAUCGCCACAUGGGCUUGGCAAAUACCGCGGCACUUAAGGUGGCUCGGAUUAUUAACGCAUCAGAAGAUCCUCAUGGUGGAAUCAUUAUGAGAACUGCCUCUGGAGUACCUACUGGAUUACUUAUUGAUUCCGCAAUGAAUCUUCUUUUCACAUCUAUUCCGGAGGUAUCUGUAGAUGAACGAAGGGAAGCUUUUCAAAGAGCCAGCAAACAUGCCUUGAUGAGGGGCGUUACAACAGUUGUUGACCUUGGGAGAUAUUUGCCUGGGUCCUCUGUGGAGCCUCCAUGGAAAGAUUUUUCAGAUGUUUAUCAAUGGGCUGAUUCUUCAGGGAAGAUGAGGAUCAGGGUUUGCUUAUUUUUCCCGUUAGAGACUUGGUCACGCUUACUUGAUGUUGUUAAUAAAAUGGGUCGUGCUGUGAGCCAAUGGAUUUACUUGGGUGGUGUCAAAGCUUUUGCUGAUGGGUCUUUAGGUUCUAAUAGUGCUUUGUUUUAUGAGCCAUAUGUUGACGAGCCUCAAAAUUAUGGCUUACAAUUGACAGAUUAUGAAAAGCUUUUCAAUAUGACUUUGGCAUCAGAUAGCUCUGGACUUCAGGUUGCCAUUCAUGCCAUAGGUGAUAGGGCAAACGAUUUGAUCCUUGAUAUGUAUGAAAAGGUGAUUUCUGAAAACGGAUUACGGGAUCGAAGAUUCCGGAUUGAGCAUUGCCAGCAUCUUGCACCUGAGACACCAGACCGGUUUGGUAAACUAGGGAUUGUGGCUUCAGUACAGCCAGAGCACCUAUUGGAUGAUUUGGAAUCUGCAACGAAAAAGCUUGGAUUCAAUAGGGCUCAGAAGGGUUCUUAUUUGUUCCGGUCACUCUUGAGUAGCAAUGUCGAAUUAGCAUUUGGUUCUGACUGGCCUGUUGCAGAUGUUAAUCCUCUAGGUGGUAUCAGAACAGCAAUGAAAAGAAUAUCGCCUGCUUGGGAUAAUGCAUGGGCUCCUUCGGAAAGUAUUUCCGUGAAUGAAGCGUUAAAGGCGUAUACUAUUUCAGCUGCACGCGCUUGCUUCCUCGACAAAGACAUUGGAUCUUUAUCACCUGGAAAACUAGCAGAUUUCGUCGUACUUUCAACUGAUUCAUGGGACAACUUUGCAGCAGAAGGAUCUGCAUCAAUUGAAGCAACUUACGUUUCUGGAGUACAAGUCUAUCCCUAGGAGCAUUUAAUCUUGAAGAUGUUAGAAUUUAAAUCAUAGCUUUCACGAACUUCUGUGUAUGUAUCUAAACUGAGGCAUUCCUUUAAAAAAAAAAAAAAAAGAGGAGUAAAUUACAGACUUUACCCUCCAAAAGUGUACUGAUUUUUAUCUCUUAUUAUUGAUUA